CUCAUUGCGUUUACCAAAAAGGGGCAGUUCUGCUUUCAGUGGCUCACUUCGUGGAUGAUAAAUCCUCACAGACUUCCCGUUAAAGGCUCACUAACUGCUAUGGAGCCGUCCGCGGCUAUGGGCUGUGUGAACAUUGGCAGUCUGACCAGCACCUUGCCGGUGAUCCCCUACCAGAAGCUGACAGACCUCUACUACCUGAGCAGGGGGGGCUUCGGCACCGUGUUCAAGGCACAGCACUCCGACUGGAGGACCACUGUGGCCAUCAAGUGCCUGAAACUCGACUGUCCUGUUGGAGAAAGAGAGAGGAACUGCCUGCUGAAGGAGGCAGAGGUGCUCCACAAGGCCAGGUUCAACUACAUCAUCCAGAUCUUUGGCAUCUGCAAUGAGCCCGAGUUCUUCUGCAUAGUCACAGAGUUUAUGAGCAAUGGCUCUCUGGACCUGUUGCUCCACGAGAAGGACAUGUACCCUGGGCUUGCCUGGCCUUUGCGACUCAGGAUUCUGUAUGAAAUUGCCCUGGGGGUUAACUUCCUUCACAACAUGAACCCACCGCUCCUACAUCAUGACCUAAAGACACAGAACAUACUGUUGGAUGGGGAAUUUCAUGUGAAGAUUGCAGACUUCGGCCUUUCAAAGUGGCGGCAGCUGUCCGUCAGUAAAGGCUCAGGGUCCAAGCCCACAGAAAUGGGGGGCACAGUGAUCUACAUGCCCCCUGAGAGGUACGAGCCAUCCAAGAGCCGCCGGGCCGAUGUGAAACAUGAUAUGUACAGCUAUGCCAUCAUUAUGUGGGAAGUGCUGUCCAGGCAGAUUCCGUUUGAAGAGGUGACCAACCCCAUGCAGAUCAUGUUUAGUGUGCUUCGUGGGAUGCGUCCUGAUACGAGUCUGGACAGUCUGCCCGCUGACAUCCCCAGCAGAGAAACCCUUAUUUGUUUAAUGACCUGCGGCUGGACCUCUAACCCUGAUGAACGCCCUUCCUUCCUCAAGUGUUUGAUUGAGCUGGAGCCCAUGGUGAGGAAGUUUGAAGAAAUUGACUUCCUGGAGGCCGUGUUGGAGAUCAAGAGGUCAAAGUUAAGGCGGGGAUCAGGCUGUUGUUCAGCCCGGUCAAUGUGUGAGAAGAGGAGUGAGGAGGGACCCUUGAACAUGCUGAAGGACAGGCCCAGCCCCUGGCCGGAGAGCUCCACCUCAGGCUCCGGCUCUUGUUCCUCCCAGGACACAGACAUAUCUCUACCAGGCCCCCUCACUGUCAGCAAUGUGGCACCCUCUAAAGAGGGGCUUCCAGUGUCAUUCUUAGCUCAUACUCUGGAGCCUCCUGAGUCUUUGAAGGAUCACAACAAUCUGAACGACCAGAUUGCCAGACCCAUAAAUGAUUUGAACAAAACCAUCGAAACAGGCCAGCACGUCACUGAUUACGAGACACGGUUGAAUAACGUUACCCUCAAGCCGCAGCCUCAGCAACAAGAUUGCUCUCCUCCCUUGCGGCACUCUCCUCCCUUGCGGCACUCCCCUCCCUUACAAGGCCCAAUCGCCCAGUGGAUUGCAACGCGGCGCGAGGAUAUCAUCUCCCAGAUGACAGAGGCCUGUCUGAACCAGAGCUUGGACGCCCUGCUUGCCCGCUCCAUGCUGAUGCGAGAGGAUUAUGAACUGGUGAUGAACCAGGCCACGCGCACCGCCAAGGUCCGUCGGCUCCUGGACAACUGUCACCGGCACAACGAAGACUUCUGUCGCAUCGUCGUCCGCAAGCUGCAUGACAACAAGCAGAUGGGCCUUCAGCCGUAUCCGGCUGAAAUCAGCUCGCCUACCACAGCCCUGCAGCCCAGCGCUCCGCCGCUUUCCAUCUCCUACAAUAUCCCCAGGAUCAUGUAGCAUCAAUUACGGCCAAACGAUAAACAAUCCAGAUUAUAAACUUAUAGACCAACUUUACACUACACUUACUGUUCCGUUGUCAUCAGGAUGGUCUACAUGGUUCUCAUUCGUCUUUCCCUCAGUGAGACUAAGGAACAGCUGGUUGAGCAAAAUGAGUCACAGGUACAAAACUAAUGGCUUUGAAAUUAAAUUCCACUCAUCAACUAGAGACAAAAGGUUUUAUUCUGUAUAAUCAGAAUCAAAAGAUUUUGACUGAAUCAGUGAUUUUAUUUAACAAUGUUAUGGAUUUAAUGAGGUGAUUUAUUUAUAGUCCCAUUCAUUCAUUCAUUCAUUUUGAGUGAAUGCAGGGUCUCUUUCCUCUCUCUGUUUGGUACAUUAUGCUUUUGUCUGCAAAGCUCAGUUACCAUUCUCUAAAAAAACCCAAUUAUGUAGCCCUGUGUGUGUGCGUCUGUGUGUGUGCGUGUGUGUGUGAGAGUGUGAGUGAAGCCUUAUUUGUAGAAUGCAAACAUCCUCAAUACACUCUGAGUAAGUGACAGGAGGACUGUUAACAUGCUGGUAAACGUGCAUUAAGUCUUUGUAUUGAAGCAAAUGACUUACAUUAAGUGAGACAAUGUAUAGACAAGUGUUGUGCAAGGAUGAGCUAUUGAUAGCAAUCUAACUAUGUGGUCUAUGAGUUGUGAUUUUGGUAGACUGUGUUCAUGUCAUCAUGGAAAGUUUUUUUUUUCCCUCCGCUUUUUUUACUGCUGAGCUAAAGAGAGUCACUGGGACGUAGAGUAAAGAGGAAGCUGAGAUUGUAAUAUAACACCCAGAAUGAGCGGGAUGCGUGUGUCUGCAUGUCUGUCUAGAUUCAAAGGGGACCAAAGUAAUCUGCCCUCGGAUUUCUUUUGGUGUCCUCAAUAGUGGCCUCACCUCUCAGUAUUCUUAAUAACACUUCAGACUAGUUCGAUUUUGCACAUUUAAAGUUUAUCCAUGGGCUCUGAGCUACGAUUGAAAAAUAAAGGUCACAUUUUUGAUCGUACUCAGCUUCUCAACAGAAGCAUAAGACAACUGCAACAUGUGAACGGAGAAGAUUAAACCUGCUCUGCUUGUAGCAAACCUUUAGUUUACCUUCUGUAUGAAGUUUAAACCGUCACUCUGCUCAGUUUGUCACUCUUGACUUAUACAACUUUUUCUACUCUAGCUGUGCUUCCUAAUCUUCUCACAACACCUGUUUAUAAAAUAACUCAUAAAGACAGUAGCACCAGUAUUCACCAGUGUAUAAAUAGGAGUAGCCGCCGGGUUUGUUGUUGCGUCAUUCAUACAUACAUACAGCAUUAUGUUCUUUGUGCCAAACAAAGUUCAGAAACAAAAUUAUUUUUAUGGUACAGUUAUUACUUUCAGUCCUCUUUACAGCUUGUGUGUAAAUGUGUGUGUGUGUGGAAUAAGACUGCAGCUAAUGAUUAUCAUUGAUUAACUGGACAAUUAUUGUCUUGUUUUCGGGUCUUAAAAAUGUCCACUCUUUCCCAGAGACCAAAGUGACAUUUUCAAUUUGUUUGAUUUGCUGAUCAGCAGUCCAAAACCCAAAUAUGUUUAAUUUACUGUCAUAGAACCAACUAACAUUCACAUUUGAGAUACUGGAACCAGUGAAUUUUUUGAUUAAUCGUUUCAUACCUGAGUGUAUGUUGUGUAUGUGCAUUUAAUUUCACAUUAAGGGCCUUUCUGUCUUACUGUCACUGCUUCCACUUCCACAAAUGGGUGCUUUAAAUUAAUGUAGCUGUGGCGUUUACUGCCUGUACCUGAUCUCUAAAGAAUAACCUUUGUUUUGUUGACUUUUAUCUAAGUAAAUGCACUUCAUCCUUUUUAUUAUGUGGAUACAUAUGUUACCCACCAUUAUGUCAAUGAUAAUAAGUAAAUUGCUGUUCAAUAAAGGAUGUACAUCAUUCUUAGUGACAGCAGAUCUUACUCAGUGGUAUUAUGUCAUUUAAAUGACAACAGGAAGGCCAAGCAAGGUCGAUAUGCUUCCAUAAUGUUGGACUUUUACCUUGUCUUUGAUAACUGUGCCUCAUAUUCUGCUUUGGUCUCAACUAUAGUAAUGUGCAAAAGCCUUUUACACACAUAUCAAGCAAAGUUGAGUAAAAUGGUACAGAUUUGAUAGCCUAAAUAUGUUGUAACAUAUUUUGUACUGUAGAUGUUAAGUGAUGAUUUUAAAUUCAUAGAAUUGCCUUCUGCAAAAUACCGGCCUGAUUUAGAGCCCGUCAUUAUCACUGUUAGUUGAUCAAACAAUAAUAUAAUGUGUUACAUAAAGUUCAGUUGAUGUGUAACUGUGGUUUCAACAGAAACUAGGAUUUUUCAUAAACUGUAUCAAACUCUUCAAUAAAAUAGGUUCUGUUUGUACUAA